GAGCCUCGGCGGUUCUGACAGAAAACCAGCGGGCGCGCGGCCCCGCGCAGUCCGCGAGCGCGCGCCGCGGGAGGCGGAGCGGCGGGAAGAUGCCGCCCACUGGCCGCCCCACCUCUCCGUCAGACGGUGCGGAGUACAGUCUUCCUGAAGCCGGACGCGCCGUUACUUUGCUCUGGACGGACGGACGGACGUAUCGCUGAGGCCCAGAUCCGCAUCUGGCACAGCCGUGGUGGCCUGAGAGCCGAGGCCCAGGCCGCAUCCCCUCCCGUGCGUCGACGGCCUCCCUGGGCUGAUGGGCCGGCUGCCGUGUCCGCUUCACUGAGCCCCGAGCAUCGGCGUGAACAUGAACCCACCGGCGAUGCCUCAGCUACUGAGCUGCGGCCUGGUGGAGCCGAGCCCCGUCACCCUGGCGCUGCGGAAUGACCUGGGCUCCAACAUCAACCACCUCAAGACGCUCAACCUGCGCUUCCGCUGCUUCCUGGCCAAGGUCCACGAACUGGAGCGGCGCAACAAGCUGCUGGAGAAACAGCUGCAGGCCGCCCAGGAGCCGCAGAGGAGCCGGCUCGGCCGCACCCGGACCGUGGCCACACAGACUCGGCUGGACUAUGGUGCCAGCUUCACGCUGGGCUCAUGUUACAGUUACACGGCCGGCGCCUACGGCUACACCCCCGGCCCUGGCUCCGGCUACACCCCCGGCCCGGGCUCCGGCUACACCCCCGGCCCGGGCUCCGGCUACACCCCCGGCCCGGGCUCCGGCUACACCGGUACCAGUGGCACCCCCAGUUCCAGUUACAGCCCCAGCCCAGGCUCGGGGUUUACUCCCGGUGCGGUCUCUCUGCCUCAUCACCAUUACCCGAGCCGACUCCCGGGGACCAUCUGGAGCUUCACUCACAUCAGGAAGGUGGGAGGCGGCCUGGAGACGGUGCAGGGACCUGGGGUAUCCUGGACCCACCCGGACGGAGUGGGAGUUCAAAUCGACACCAUCACCCCCGAACUGCGGGCCUUGUACAACGUGCUGGCCAAAGUGAAGAGGGAGCGGGACGAGUACAAGAAAAAGUGGGAACAAGAACUCAAUCUCAGGCAGCAUCUGCAGGAGAUUGUAGCUGCAUUGCAGGUGGAUUCACAAGAAGCUGAAGCCAUUCAAAAGGAACUCAGUGAGAAAGUGGAAAAAUUGAAAUCCGAGCUAGUAGUGUUUAAGGGCCUGAUGAGUGAUGUAAGUACUUUACAGCAAAUGUCCGACUUGGAUACCAAGAUUCAAGAGAAAGCAAUGAAAGUGGAUAUGGAUAUCUGUCGCAGGAUUGACAUCACGGCCAAACUCUGUGAUGUGGCACAACAGCGAAAUUCUGAGGACAUGAGCAAAAUGUUCCAGGUGACAACUGUCAGCAAAAAGAAGGAGAAAGAAAAAAAGCCUGCAUGUGAUGAUGAGAGUUCUGAAACUGAUGGGGAUAACACACGGCAUUCUGAUGAUGAUGUGAGCACAUCGCUUAAUAUAACUGAUGAAAUGAAGCGAAUGCUCAAUCAGCUGCGAGAGACAUUUGACUUUGAAGAUGAUUGUGACAGUUUGAGUUGGGAGGAAAAUGAAGAGACCCUGCUACUCUGGGAAGAUUUCUCUGAGUACACAAACAUUGUGGAACCUCCUUCAGAGGAUGAAACAUUGGAAACAGUGAUCAAAGAAACUGAAUCACUCUUCAAGACUAGAGAAAAGGAGUAUCAAGAGACUAUUGACCAAAUAGAGCUGGAGCUGACCAGUGCCAAAAGUGAUAUGAACCGUCAUCUCCAUGAAUAUAUGGAAAUGUGCAGCAUGAAGCGUGGCCUAGAUGUGCAGAUGGAAACCUGUCGUCGGCUCAUUAAACAGUCAGGAGGCAGAAAUUCCCCAUCAUUCAGUUCCGCAGCAAGUAGUGACUCAGGAAAUACAGAUGAUAUCACAGAUGAACUCGAGCGUGACGGGGAAGGUGAUAGUUCUGUGAGCUGAUGAAUGGAUACAAGUGAAAUGGACUCGAUCUGCCUGUACCCACAGCAAUCACCUUUUAACCCUAUUUUUGCUAGGGUGCAAAGGGCUUUGUUCUUAUAUAUAGUGAAGCCCUGAGCAUUGGUGCUGUACAUUUGUAUAGUUGUACAGAAUAUCAUCGAACAGAAUUGGAAAAGCAACGAUGACUUCCCACCUGGUGCAGAAACCCACCACGAUAACUACUAUGCAAGUGGCUUGCCUUACACAUCGGAAGCCUUCAUCUUGUUGAGGGAGCUAAACUCCACAGCAUUUCUGAAAGAAUGCUGAAGUAUCUUUGAAAUGCAUGUGGUAGCUGAUAAAUAAUUAGUAUAUGGGUUAAAGAAGUGGAUAAUUUAUAUUGUUUGUUCAUGCUAUUUGAUAGGAUCAGCAAGGGCCUUUCUGGGUUUCUACAUAUCCUUAACAUAAAGUGUUUGAAUCUGAUUAAACUGCUGUAACUAAUUAUGUAAUUACUGAAACAGUGUGAACUGUUUGAUGUGGUCUAUUCAUUCUACACGGGAAGUUAGUAACACCAUAAAGCUCUACUGUCAUUAUUCUCCGCAAACCAAUGUUGCUAAAGAACUGGAUCAUUGUGACCUGUACAGAUUAUUAUUUCAUUGGGUAGUAUUUAAUCUCCUAAUUGUGCCAGGGCUAUGAGAAUGUGCAAUGUUGUAUUUGGGGAUAAAUUAUUAUAGAAUCUAUGUAGGUUGCUCUUCAUAUCUGAAGAACCGGAUCAAAUUUAUAGAUGGAAAACUGUAUAUUUUAUCUAAUUGCUAGCCCUUACUCCCACAAAAAAUAAGGACAGCCAUAGUGCAAUUAGUAGCACCUUGAAUAUACCUCUCUGAAUUAUUUAGCUUCAUUACCACAGUCUGAGAUUCUGAAAAAGAUUAGAUGGAAUCUACAUUAAAGUUGUACAGAAUGGGAACUGAUUGUAUUGUCUGAUUCGGGACCAUGAAUAAUUGAUGAUUUAUGCUUCUCUUCUGUAAAUUUAGCAUUUUACAUCAAUUACAAUGCCUGGAAUCCUUCAACAAUUCAGUUUUAAACAAAACAAGGAUACCUCAGAGUCCUUUAUUUAUGAAUAGGAAUAGUUUUUAAAGAAUAUUCUAACACAUUAUCCACUAACCACUAGUGGUAUCAUGUCAUACAGGACUUGGGAUGUGAAUGAUCCAGAACUAGGUGGUACUACAGAUUGCUAAACUUAAAGCCUUUAGUCUUACAAGCAACAGAUCUUCUGACACAGCUUGGAAUGGAAGAAUGUUGGUUCACUGCAGUCUUUUGCCCUUCGUUAAUUUAUCUUGCAUAAUAUUUGUUUCUAAAAUGAGCAUUUGGUUGUUUGGAAAUGUCUCUCAGUACUCAGGGUGUGCUUUUAUUAAACCGAAGGGGCUUUUCACCAGAGUUGGAAACUGACCAUUUAGUCAUUAGUAACAUGCUGUCUUUGGAAACUUUAAAAAAAAUGCUGCUCCUGAACUUGCAAAAUUUAAAAAGCUUUGUUUUUUAGUGACCCUACCCACCAAUGCUUUCCAUUUUAAAUUUAUAUAUUUUCUCAUUCUAUGGGAAAUCAGGUUAGCAAGUGGCUGCUAAGUUUCAAUUGUUGUUUGAUAGGUUUAUUCCAGAACCUUGGAUAAUUGGGUGGGUCUUUGAUGGGAAUGUCUCAUUUGGCUCAGUGAAUUUCUUCAGACUUCAAUCAGCAUUCAGUCAUGAGAAGAAAACUACUAUGAUUGGAUGAGGUUCUGGGAAUAAAGAUAUAAAAUGAUUAACAUAAUUAAAAGAGGGAAUUAUCUAAUAGGAGAGCAAUUCCUAGUAAGUUUUUGCUUGAUGUGAUCCCACCUUCCAAAUUGCUAUUGAGCUCCAUUUUUCAAAACAAUAAUAUACAUUAGAGCAAGUGUGGUACAAGUAAAUUAAAAUGGUGUCCUCUCACUGGUAGAGUUUGGCUUCAAAUGUCAUGACUGACGGUCUCCAGCUAUUAAAGUGGUUGAAAGAUGGAAGUGGGGCUGUAAUGCAAUAGAUGGUAUUCAGCUCCAUCAGUGGCAAAUUAGAGAGAUUUGCUUUGGGACAGGAGAAGCAGCUUUACAUCUAAUUUGUUUUCCACCUGACCAGGGAGCAAUGACAACAUUGGAGCCAAAAGAGGAUUUUGUUUAAUAACCUUGACAAUCACCAGAUUAUGAGAAUAAGAAAUGGUCAUUCAGCCCAAAAAAGCCAGUUCCUUGAAGUGUUACAGUAACUGCAAUACAUGUAAUAUACCUAUUUAUAAGUAUUUACAUUAGCUGUUUGAAUUGAAAGGAGUAUAAUUUAAAAGACCCCAAAAAAAAAUGGUUCCGCAUUACAGAUUUUACCAUCUUUAAAUACUGGUGACCCUAUAAGGAAAUAAAAGUGUGUCCUGAUUUUUUUUCCCCAUGUUGUAUUGAAAUAGUAUUCAAAUAUUUGUGUUACUUGGCAACUCAGGCGAGCAAAGCACUCCCAUAUAUUUUAAAAAAACUGCUCAUGGCGUGUAGAUGAUUCUAAAAAUGCUGGCUUUCAUUGUCCAUCCUCAAUUGCUCCUGAGUUGAGGAGGCAAUUAAGAGUCAAUCAAUUUGGUGGGUCUGGAAUCAUGAGAUUAAAAACGGCAGAUUUCCUCCUUUGAAGGGCAUUAAUGAACCAGAUGGGUUUUUAUGACAAUCUGGUAGUUUCAUAGUUACCUUAACAAUUACUGGUGCUUUGUUUCAGAUUUGUUUAAUUGAAAUUAAAUUCCCCAAUUAUCAUGGUGGGAUUCAAACUUGCAUUUCUGGAUCAAUGGUCCAGGCUUCAGUAUACAAGUCAAAUAAUGUAACCAGUAUCCAGUAUGCUAUUGUACCGUAUCUAACGUCUAUUUACAUUAUUUUAUCCAAGCAGUCUACCUAAAGAUUUGAAUAUUAAAAUAGGAUAGAUUUAAUUAAUCUUUGUCUUGAAACAAUCUCAUUAUAUAUGUGGAGUAAUUUGCAAAUUUGUUUUCAUUCACUUGUGCCUUGAUGGUGUUGUUUCCUUUUAUGUUAUUUAGGGGUCUUAACUUAUCCAGCUGGAUGACAAUUUUACAAUCAUCUGUUGGUGACAGGGAGAGAAUAAAAGCUUCAUCUAUAAAAGACACAGCUAGAUCUAAAGUCGUCACUUGCAGGCAACAGGGCCAGGGUUACAGCCAUGAUAUAUAAAAACAGGGCCUGGGCCAUAGCCUUCAUUUAUUGGCGAUGGGGCCAGACACUUCAAAUGUAGCAUGCAAGGCCAAAGUCCAAGCUUUCAUCUGUGGGAGACGAGCAUCAUCAUAGCCUUCAUCUGUCAGAGACACAGGAACAAAGCCUUCAUCUAUAGAAGACGAAAUCAAGGUUCAGAUCAGGGUCUCGCAUUUGUAAGAGUGACAGCUGGGGUCAAGGCUGUAUUUGGUUCUGGUGAAGAACAGAUCUGACCUGAUGGAAUCCAAACUAAUCCUUCCAGCAUGGACCUGCUUAGUCAGUAGUUGGACUCUGAAAGAAUGAAUUAUUUGCUUAUGUUGUGAACAGAGCAAAGAUCUGUAAAAGUAUGUGUGAUCUUAUUUAUUGAAUGCUAAUUGGCAUGUUAUUUAUCUCUGAUCCUUCUCCAUCUGGGGCCUGUUUCGCUGUACAGGACAUUUUUUCUAUCUUUUUUCAUGGAGUUAACUAGGUGAUUUGAAAUUGUUUCAUUUUGUAAAUAGAAUGUUUAUUAUUUAAAGCUGUUCUCAUGACAUAUUUCAGAAUUGUAACAGGUUAUGUGAUUACAUAUCUAUCAAAACUGAUAUUUUGAAAGGGUAAAGAGUUGUCCAAUAUUGGUGUAGGAACUGAUCAGACUGCUGGAUACACUAAUUUUGAUCUCAGAAAACUCUGAAAAUAAACUUUAUUCUCUCCA